AAAGGAAAGCAGUGACAGGUGUAAAAUGUGAAGUCGGGUGAUUAGCAGUGAAACAAAGAGUCUGUGUGUGUGUUGUUUAUGUCACAAUAGUGCGGUUUUACUGGUGAAAAAGCGGAAGUAGGCAGCGUGCCUCACUCCACAGUGUCUCCAUACAUCCUCACACAGCAGCGUUUAAGCAGUUAACGUGUUGUGAGUGAACAGUCGCCGUUCCAGGUGAGUCGGCUGAUUGAAGACGGGCUCCUGUGGAUCCUGGCCAUGGAUGAAGAGUUGACGCCUUUGGACUGCCUGCUGCCCUCAGGCACGCAGAGGAUCUGUCUGAUCAUUCUGAACCAGCCUCUGGACAAGGACUACCUACGUAUCCUCUGGAGUAAAGCUCUCCUGAGGGCUUGUGCUGAUGGAGCUGCCAAUCACCUUUAUAACAUCACUGCUGGAGUUAGAGACAGCUUUCUCCCCGACUAUAUCAGUGGGGAUUUUGAUUCCAUUACUGCCGAGGUCAAAGCGUUCUAUGCAGACAAGGGUUGCAAGCUAAUAGAAACAGCUGACCAGGAUCUAACAGACUUCACCAAGUGCCUUGCAAUUAUGCUGGAGGAGAUUCAGAGACGAAAGUUACAGGUGGAUGCCAUAGUGACACUGGGAGGUCUGGCUGGCAGAUUUGACCAGACAAUGGCAUCAGUUGAGACCCUCUUCCACGCUUUGACCAUGACACCACUCCCCCUGUUGAUCAUACAGGAGACCAGCCUGGCAUACCUGCUCCGUCCCGGCAGCCACAGACUGGAGGUGAACACAGGCCUGGAGGGUGAUUGGUGCAGUCUCAUUCCAGUAGGUGGACCCUGCCAAACAAUCACGACUGGACUAAAAUGGAACCUGAAUAACCAGGUCCUGCAGUUUGGGAAGCUGGUGAGCACCUCCAACACCUACGAACCUGUUGCCCCUGGAAACCCCAGGAAGCCUGUAACCGUGACAACGGACCAGCCUCUACUCUGGAGCAUGGGCAUCAGAAAGGAUGGGGAGUGACAUGUCAGAGAUUCUUCUUCUCAGGCAGUAUUUGAAUAAUCAGAGCAUGAGUAUACUUUUCUACAGCUGAGCUAUGGCAAAGUCACUAGUUUUAUGUUUUAUACAGCGUGAUGUAAAAGAAGGAAAAUGCAGACAGCAUGAUUACACAUGGCCAAAAAUCUCACUGAAGUGUGGUGUGAUACAUAAUGAACGAGACACGGUCAGCUCUGUUGGAAUAUAUACGAAAAUUCCAAAUUAACCAAAAGAGCUGAUCUCGUUUUUUUUUUUGUUGUACCAUCUUUGUCAAGGCCAUUUACUGCAUUCUUUCAACACGCGUCGGAUUUUAUGCAACACUUGAAUUCACUUUUUCACUGUGCAGGGUUAAAUUCAAAGUUUAUAUGAAUAUGCACCAUAUACAACCAAAAUCCAAGCCUUAUUCCUUCAUUUAAACACACUGAAAGGACAGCAGCUCACAGAAUUUAAGAGAGCAAUCACUAUACCUAAAGUACAUCCUCCUAAAAAAAAAGUGUGCACGCAUCUGCUUUGUAUCACAGCCGAGAAUAUGUGCCUUUGAUAUCAGUGCUCACAUUCCACUUUCUGCUGAACAGCUACCAUAUUAAUAUAAUACAUGUUAAGUACUAUGGAAAGUUGCAAAUUCUACGUGCCUUUUGAUGACAGCAGUACUGUGUUUCUGAAAGUCAGAAAAGUUGUAUACAUUACAAACUGUAGUUGCAGCACGGCUACCUGAAUAGACAGGAGAAAUCAGUCUGUGGGUUUCCAUUUGUUUUAUUUACACAUUGAAAUAUAAAUGUCGUGCACAGAAUGUAAAAAUGUCAUCCUUCAGCCCCCAAUCACACCAAUCCAAUAUUGCUGCCGUGUCCUGUCCCCGGGUAUUGAA